UGCUGCUCACGCCGUCCGUUACGUCGGCAUACAAAAAGCUUGUGGCCAUCUCCGGCAGACUCAUAUUCCUCCUGGCGUUCGGCAAGGUCGCAUCGCUGCCAAAGUAACCUCCGAGCAACCCUUCGUCGUCCAGGAUACCCACCAAGGAUCAAUCUCGAAAGAUGACGUCCUUCAGCACCUUUGCGACGUUGCUGUGUCUCUCCCUGUUUGUCCUUCUCGUGUCCAGUGCCCCUCUGAACACGAAAGAAGACACCCCUGAUCCGGUGGCCAGCACCAGCAGUCGCUCCAAAGGUUCUUCGAGGAGCGCCAGGUACCUCGGCUCGUCGUGGUUCGACUUUCUGACGCCAGGGGGCUUCCAAGAGCAGAUCCUUCCCAGGGCCGCCGAAGAAGACACCUCUUCCAACAACCAGCCCGACUCGCCCAUUUACUACAUCCGACUGCCGGCCAACCCUUACGUCUACAUGCCAGGCAUGGGCUACGUGAGCCGCCCUGCCCCCGUGCAGACCCCCGUGGCCAGUCCUCCCCCCGUCAUCCCCCCACCCGUCAGGAGGCCCAGUCCCUUCUACCAGCUUCCGCUAGAUUUCGUUUCUAAUGGCAAGCCUGGCAGCACCGUCCAGAUCUGGCCCAGGGACCCCGUCCCCACCACCACCACCACGACUACGACCACCCCUCCUCCUCGUCCCCCUCCCGUCAUCAAACCCUUCAACCCCACCAACAUCAACCGACUGCCAGGUCCGUUCUUCUUCAACGGCAAGCCCAGCGGCUUCUACAUUUUGCAGCAGGACCCUUACAACUCCCUGUACGCGGACGUGUUGCACAAUUUCUACCCCUAAGAAAAGCGCAAGAAGGUGGGAAGCACCGCUUCGGACUGAAAGUUUUUAAUCCAAGCCACAAGCUGUGAUUGCCGCGCUAAGUGUUAUUUAAAACAAAAAUAAAGCAGUUCACGCAGGGGACGAUGACAAUGAAGUGUGUCACAAAAUGAGACGCGAUUCAAAACUAUUUAGUAAUUUUUCUAUAAAAAAAAACUUAUUUUUUGCUUCAUAAGUUAUUUACCCUAUUAAAAGCACUAGUUUUUAGCAAUUAAUUGAAGCCAUGUGAGAGCAAGAGUCGAUGUGAUCCUUUGUAAAUUAAUGCUUGAUUGUAAUGCCUGUGCAGCGAGUGAACGCCAAAAAUGCUUAAAAAUAACCUAAUAAUUAGCGUAGGUAUAGAAUAUUAUUUAUAAUUAAUAUGUUCUAUAUUUAAGACGAGUCGCAAUGCAACGUGAGGAGUUACGAGAACUUACUUAAAAAUAAAUUAUUUUGAUUUGUUUGACUGUGCUGCAUGAAGCGAUUGAUGAAAGUGUACAUGGAUUAUUUAAGAUUGUCAAACUUUUUAAUAAAGAAAUUGAAAAAA